GUAAUAAUACUAAACUCUUGCUCAGCAAAACUGCAUUGUUUUUUUUUCCACCCAAACAGAGAAAAUUUUUUGGAAGUAAUUUCAACAAAUAUUGGAAGGAAAACAUGGCUAUGCAAAGGAAAACAAACGUUCGUCUUCCACCAGAAGUCAAUCGAAUUCUUUACGUGAGAAAUCUACCUUAUAAGAUAACAGCAGAAGAAAUGUAUGAUAUAUUUGGCAAAUAUGGAGCUAUCCGGCAAAUUCGAGUAGGCAACACACCAGAAACAAGAGGAACUGCUUUUGUUGUGUAUGAAGAUAUAUUUGAUGCUAAGAAUGCUUGUGAUCACUUGUCUGGGUUUAAUGUGUGCAACCGUUAUCUGGUUGUGUUAUACUACCAGUCAAAUAAGGCAUUUAAGAAGGUAGACACGGAUAAAAAGCAAGAAGAGAUUGAAAAAGUGAAGAAAAAGUAUGGUGUCACAACUGAUGAUUAAUUAAUUUUUUUCUUGUUGACUCUGUAUAUAUAUUUAAUGUUAUUUCAUGCACUUCAAUUUUGUAAUUUAAAAAAAAAUACAUUUUUGAUAAUAUAAAAUGAAAUUCAACAUUUGUGUAUAUGCUACAAAAUCUGCAUUUUUAUCCAUGUCUCGGUUUUUAAAUGUCUUAAUGAAUCAUAUUUUAUUAUUUUGUUUGAAAAUAAAAGUAUUUCAUUCUUGAA